ACUCUUGUGCUAUAGCCUCUUCUUAUUUUCUCUCUAUUGCCUCUUCUCAAUCUUCAACUUCUUCCAUAACUCCUUCUCCUUUGUCCUUUACUAGAUUUUCAUAUCCGUGAGAUUUUGUUGAGGUGUAGAGAUUGUCUUCUUCACUAAGUUAGGGAUAAGAAGGAACCCUAAUUAUCAGCUGGUGAGAUCUUUCAGCUUUAAUCUGAGCUUUGGCUUUCUGUUGGUUCAAACAAGCAAAUGGACCAGUGUCGAUUCUCACAUGGUAGACCCAGGUUUGGAUCUAUCAAGUUUAAAGUUCCAAACUCAUCACAGCCUUUCAUUUCUCAGAAAAGAAAAGAGAUGGAAGAAGAAGAUCAAGCUGAAGAAGAAGCUAAAAGCAUCGGUUUCAGGGAAGAAGAAGAAGGUGAGGAUGAUGAUGGAGCUAAGAGUAUUGAAGAAGAAGAGAAGAAGCAUAUAUGCUGUGAAUGUGGUAAACGUUUUAAGUCAGGCAAGGCGUUAGGCGGUCAUAAAAGGAUUCAUGUGCUGGAAGCUCGGAAAUUUUCAAUGGUGAGACCGAAGAUGGUGGCUGGUGUGGUUGGUAGAUCUGAUGAGAGAGAUGACUUCGAAGUUGAUUGCUGUGUUUGUCAUAAGAAGUUUACAUCGAUGAAGGCUUUGUAUGGACAUAUGAGGUUUCAUCCAGACAGAGGAUGGAAAGGUGUUUUGCCUCCUCAUCAUCAUCAUCCACUUGAUCAUGAUAGUGGUGAGUUUAUAAGCUCUGAUUAUGAUGAUGAUGAUGAUGAUGAUGAUGGUGAUCAUGAGGAUGAUGAUGAUGAUGAGAACUCGGAGUUAUGGGAUAAUCAUUGGGAAUUGGAUAACGUGGUUGACCUUAAGGACUCAAUCAAAGGAUGGGCGGUGACAGGAAAGAGAGGAAGGAGAAGUGCUUUGAAGGAUCCACCACCAGAAGAUGUUGAUGCUAAGGAUCUAUUGUUCUUAGCUACUACAGCAGAAGCUGUAGAUCUCGAUGCUGCAGAGACUUGUGAUUCACGCUCGGUUGAAGAGAUGAUGAAGAAGAGGAAAAAGAAGAGGAAAAGAUUGUCUGAGAUGGAGAAAGAAUCAACAUCUAGUCAUGAUCAUCAUCAGCUUGAGGUUGGUGCUGCUUCUGCUGCUGAGGAAGGUGGUGGUGGUGCACGUGAGAAGCACGUGUGUGUGACUUGCAACAAGUCGUUUGCUUCUUAUCAAGCUUUAGGAGGUCAUAGAGCGAGUCACAACAAGGUCAAGAUUUCGGAGAAUCAUCAAGCUAGGGCUAACAGUGAAGCUUUGUUACUUGGAACCGAAGCAAUGAUGACCGGUUUAGCUAGUGCUCAAGGACCAAACACUUCUUUGAGCAUUGGCAAUAAGGGAGAUCAUGUUUGUAACAUUUGUCAGAAAAGUUUCACAACAGGUCAAGCUCUUGGAGGUCACAAGAGAUGCCACUGGCCUGGACCAACUUCUAAUGAGGCUGCAACCGCUCCUGUACCAGCUUCUAAUGAAUCUGCAACCACUGCUCCAACCCCUCUAGUAGCAUGUUCUUCUAGUCAAGUAACAGAGACAGUGCAAGAGGAGAAGAAAUUGAAGAGAAAGUUUCUAGAGUUUGACUUGAAUGAGUUGCCACCUAAUGAAGAGUAAGGAGUGCAAGAAACGUAUAUAUGCAGA